ACAGCUGAGCAGUCCCAGAAAGGCUAUUGCAGAGUAUAGCAACGUGACCUGUAUAUCUAGUUUUUUUGGCUUAAAUGUGAGCUAGUUGUUCCAGUAGCAACCAGAAACAAAAUUCUAACUGAAGAUGGCGUUGUCCAAAUUGUUUGGCCUUAGCAAAGUCAUUGGAAGAAACUCUCUAACUGCACGGGGUGUUAACAUUAGCACCAUAUUAAUAUCACAUAGUAAGACGUGUGGUUGCUGUUUUUCUACAAGUAGUUGCCAGAAUGCCAAGUUUUACAGUGAUCCUGUUGAAGCAGUAAAAGACAUUCCGAAUGGAGCAACGCUGCUUGUUGGUGGUUUUGGCUUGUGUGGCAUCCCAGAGAACCUCAUUGGAGCUUUACUGAAGACUGGUGUAAAAGGAAUAACUGCAGUCAGCAAUAAUGCUGGGGUGGAUAAUUUUGGGCUUGGGCUUUUACUUCGAACACAGCAAAUAAAACGGAUGGUUUCAUCGUAUGUUGGAGAAAAUGCUGAAUUUGAACGACAGUAUCUUGCAGGAGAGCUUGAAGUUGAAUUAGUGCCUCAGGGUACCCUUGCAGAAAGAAUUCGUGCAGGAGGUGCAGGCAUCCCAGCCUUUUACACACCUACUGGAUAUGGAACACUAAUCCAAGAAGGAGGGGCACCAAUUAAGUAUAACAGCAAUGGUAGUGUCGCUUUAGCAAGUCAACCAAAGCAGGUUGCUGAUUUCCAUGGCCGGCAUUUUGUUCUAGAAACAGCAAUAACUGGUGAUUUUGCUCUGGUUAAGGCAUGGAAGGCAGAUCGUGCUGGAAAUAUUGUGUUCAGAAAGACUACAAGGAACUUUAAUCAUCCCAUGUGCAAAGCAGCAAAAACAACAAUAGUAGAGGUUGAAGAAAUAGUUGACAUUGGAACAUUUGCCCCAGAAGAUAUUCAUAUUCCUAGCAUCUAUGUACACAGAAUCAUUAAGGGUGAAAAAUAUGAAAAGAGAAUUGAGAGGCGAACACUUAGAAAGCCUGAAGAUGCUACACCAAAGCCUAAGAAAGAUUCAGAUAUAGUGAGAGAAAGAAUUAUUCGCCGUGCGGCUCUUGAAUUUGAAGAUGGAAUGUAUGCAAAUCUUGGUAUUGGGAUUCCAAUGCUAGCCAGUAACUUUAUCAAGCCAGAUAUCACUGUACACCUACAGAGUGAAAACGGAGUCCUCGGACUGGGGCCUUACCCAACAGAAGCAGAAGUCGAUGCUGAUCUAAUUAAUGCAGGCAAAGAAACAGUGACAAUUCUGCCAGGAGCCUCAUUCUUUUCCAGUGAUGAAUCAUUUGCAAUGAUUAGAGGAGGUCACGUGGACUUAACAAUGCUUGGUGCAAUGCAGGUUUCAAAGUUUGGUGACUUAGCCAACUGGAUGAUUCCUGGUAAAAUGGUGAAGGGAAUGGGAGGAGCAAUGGACCUUGUAGCCAGUGCCGGAACCAAGGUGGUUGUAACCAUGGAGCAUGCAGCUAAGGGAGGAGUACACAAAAUUUUGGAUAAGUGUUCUCUGCCACUGACUGGGAAAGAAUGUGUGGAUCGCAUCAUUACAGAAAAGGCUGUAUUCGAUGUGUGUAAGAAAAGUGGACUUACUCUGAUAGAGUUGUGGAAAGACCUCACAGUAGAUGACAUUAAAAAAUGCACUGGUACUGAUUUUAAGGUCUCACCCAACCUUAGACCAAUGCAGCAAAUUUCUGACUGAAUAUGGAAGAAAGUACUGAAGGGUGACUAAACUUGUCAUUGUAACUACAGAAAUCUAAGUUCUUUUUGAUUAAAGCUUUGCUCCAGUAAACAUUUUAUACCAAUCUGUGCUGUUUAGAGUUUUAGCAAGCACUUCAAUUUUUGUAUCAAGAAGUAGAAAAUGUACCUCCAUUGUUUUCCCAUUGCAGAAUAUUUAGAUAAUACAUACACAAGUCCUGACAAUAAUUUGGCAGUUUUUGUAUAUAAAUAAUGCAAAUAUGUUGGCAGUUAUUCUGAAGAAACAUCCUGUUGAAAAAAAGUCUUUCACAUUUUAACAUUGCGAUAUUUAUUUGUGAAUUCUUUUUUUUAGCUCAUAUCCUACAAUAUUUUUGCCAUAGUACAUCAUGUCAGGUUCAUGUACAUCAUAUAUUAUUCUAAUAUUGUCCUUAAUACUAUUUCCACAUGUUCAGCUUUGUAGUAAUUAAAUGACUACAGAUAUGGUCAUGGUGGCCAGAGACCCUGCAGUACAGUACACCUGCAUGAUUUAAAUGCUGUUGCAAUUAUGACUAGAUUAAGUUAAAGAUAAGCAAAUUCUGUGUGUUGAAGCCUGUUGUAAUAUGACUGUGGUUCCAUGAACUUUGUUGUAAAUGAAAUGUUUUGAUAGGGGAGUAGUAUGUAAAUGUUAAAUUUGGUUAUCUAAUUCAUUGUAAGCACUUAUAUUUAGAAAUUUAAAAAAAUGAAACAUAUUAGAGCGAGUGUGGAUUAAAUAUCUGAAUUUGCUGUCCAGUGUUAAUGCUUUGUUGUAUGGACACUCCAUUAUUAUGUAUCAGUGGUCUAGUCAAAAGAUAUGCAAAUAAAACAUGCAAGAACAUAUGACUUGAAGGUUUAAAGAGAAUGUGUAAUAAAAGCAGAACUUUUAAUUA